CGUUUUAAUUAAAAGUGCGUCGUAUAUUCUAAAUUAAUGGUUUCCGAUUAGUUUCCUUGCUACCUUAUUAUUAGUUUUUAAAAUCGGUUUCUUUAUAAUACAUUUAUUUAGAGAAUGCUGCGCCAGCCGCUGUCCAGGGCGCUUGCGCUGUCACCGAGCCGCCGGGCGCCUCUGACGGCUCGCAAGUUCGCCGACCAGGUCCAGGCACAGCCUGAUAAUGUGGAAGUGUUUAUUGAUGAUCAGCCUGUAUCAGUGCCACCUGGUACCACUGUUCUGCAGGCAGCUGCCCAAGUUGGAGUUGAGAUACCCCGCUUCUGUUACCAUGAAAGAUUAGCAGUAGCCGGCAAUUGUCGCAUGUGCUUAGUUGAAGUUGAGAAGUCACCCAAGCCUGUUGCAGCCUGCGCCAUGCCUGUUAUGAAGGGAAUGAGGGUGAAAACCAACUCUGAUCUCACCCGCAAAGCUAGAGAAGGUGUUAUGGAGUUCCUUUUGGUCAAUCAUCCCUUGGACUGCCCUAUCUGUGACCAGGGAGGGGAGUGUGACCUGCAAGAUCAAUCUAUGGCUUUCGGUUCUGAUAAAAGUCGAUUCACUGAUAUUCAUUUCUCUGGAAAACGGGCUGUAGAAGACAAGGAUGUGGGUCCAUUGAUAAAGACGAUUAUGACGCGAUGCAUCCACUGCACUCGAUGUAUUCGUUUCGCGUCAGAGGUGGCCGGUGUUGACGACUUUGGUACCACUGGAAGGGGCACUGAAAUGCAGGUGGGAACUUACGUAGAGAAAAUGUUCCUGUCAGAGUUAUCUGGCAACAUUAUUGAUCUAUGCCCUGUCGGCGCCCUAACAUCCAAACCAUACAGUUUCGCCGCUCGACCAUGGGAGACUAGAAGGAUUGAUUCAGUUGAUGUCCUUGACCCCUUGGGAAGUAACAUUGUCGUUGCAACACGUACCAAUGAAGUGUUGCGUAUCUUGCCUAGGACUAAUGAAGAGAUCAACGAAGAAUGGUUGUCGGACAAGUCUCGCUUCGCCUGCGACGGCUUGAAGCGGCAGCGGCUGGUGACGCCGAUGAUCGCCGACAGUCGCGGCAACCUCACGCCCGUCGAGUGGGAGGAGGCCAUCGUGGCUGCCGGGAGGGCCUUGCGCGACUGCCCACCGAAUAAGUUAUUAGCAGUAGCGGGCGAGUUAGCAGACGCGGAAGCUUUGGUAGCGCUCAAAGACCUUCUGAACAGGCUCGGUUCAGAGAACGCUUGCACGGAACAGUACUUCCCGCAAGAGGGCGCCGGCACCGACCUGCGCUCGUCCUACGUGUUGAAUACGAAGAUUGCCAACGUGGAAGAUGCAGACUUCGUACUGCUGAUCGGCACGAACGUGCGUUUCGAGGCGCCGCUGCUGAACGCGCGCAUCCGCAAGGCCUUCAUACACAAGGAGACCGACAUCGCGUCCAUCGGGCCCAAAGUUGACCUCACCUACGAAUAUAUCCAUGUCGGUGACUCAGCGUCCAUAGUCAAGGACUUCGCCACCGGUUCAUCCUCACACGAAGCUCUGAAAAGGUUGGAGAGCGCCAAACGCCCCGUAGUAAUCAUCGGAGCCGAUCAACUGAAGACGCCAGAAGGACCCGCUCUACUGGCCUACACGCAGGAACUGGCCUUGCGUCUGCAGGACAAACUCGCUGACAAGGAGUGGAGGGUACUGAACGUCCUUCAACGCACCGCGUCUCAAGUGGCCGCCUUAGACAUCGGGUACAAGCCGGGCGUGGGCAAAUUCCUGCAGGAAGGACCCAAAGUGGUGUUUCUGCUGGGAGCCGACGCGGGAGUCGUGACGAGGGAGUCGCUGCCUAAAGACUGCGUGGUUAUUUACCAAGGGCAUCAUGGCGACGCGGGAGCUUCGAUCGCAGACAUCGUAUUGCCCGGAGCGGCGUACACGGAGAAGCGAGCCACGUACGUUAACGCGGAAGGCAGAGCGCAGCAGACUUUGCCCGCCGUCACCCCACCCGGCAAGGCCAGGGAAGACUGGAAGAUUAUCAGAGCUCUUUCGGAAGUAUGCGGCGAGCGUCUGCCCUACGACACGUUGGACGACGUGCGCGACCGCCUCAGCGAAGUGAGCCCCACACUGGUCAGCUACGGAGAGGUGCAGAACAACAACUACUUCGCGCAAGCCAGGGCGCUCGCUCAGAGCCUCCAAAAGCCAGUGUCGGGUAAACUGGACGUACAACUGAAGCACCUAGAGGACUUCUUCAUGACGGACGCAAUCAGCCGCGCCUCACCCACCAUGGCCAAGUGCGUCCAAGCCGUCAUGAAGCAGAAACAGUCGCCCUACUAGAACAACUAUACAUCUAGCAAACAAUACGCGAAUACAAAUCACUCAUUGAAAACAAAACUGACCCUAUUCAAAAUUCUCAUUUUUUCAUGGACAUUUUAAGAUUUGUGAUAGA